AUGGCACGCCGUCCCGCAAGAUGCUACCGCUAUUGCAAGAAUAAGCCGUACCCCAAGUCGCGGUUUAACCGUGGUGUGCCUGACCCCAAGAUUCGCAUCUUCGAUCUUGGCCGCAAGCGCGCCCUCGUCGAUGACUUCCCGUUGUGCAUCCACAUGGUGUCGAACGAGUUGGAGCAGCUGAGUUCCGAGGCCCUCGAGGCCGCCCGUAUUUGCGCCAACAAGUACCUCGUCAAGCUUGCCGGAAAGGAAGGCUUCCACCUCCGCGUCCGCGUCCACCCUUACCAUGUCGUUCGUAUCAACAAGAUGUUGUCUUGUGCCGGUGCCGAUAGACUGCAAACUGGUAUGCGUGGUGCCUGGGGCAAGCCCAACGGAACCGUCGCCCGUGUCAGCAUUGGUCAGAUCAUCAUGAGCGUCCGCACUCGUGACUCCAGCAAGGCUAUCGCUCUCGAGGCUCUCCGCCGCUCUCAGUACAAGUUCCCCGGUCGCCAAAAGAUCAUCAUCUCCAAGAACUGGGGUUUCACUCCUCUCCGUCGCGAGGAGUACCUCGAGAAGAAGGCCGCUGGUGGCAUUCUAGUUGAUGGUGCCUAUGUUCAGUUCCUGUCUAACAAGGGCUCCCUGCAGCAGAACAUGAAGCGCUUCCCUGGAGCUUUCACGGCUUAG